AUGGUCGGCGCGCGGACAACCCUUAUUCAGGCCCUGAGAGGCCAAGUCGCUGCACCGCCGCCUGCAAAUACCUACACGCCUCAGAGUCGCGACUCGCUCCAGGCAGCGAGUACCCAUGCAUCAGAGCAUCAUCUGGUGUUUGCCAUGGAUUACAUCGUUGAGAAGCUAAGAGCCCAUGGCGUGCCGUAUGCACUCAUGGGAGGUUUCUCACUCAGGUUGCGCGGCAACCCCCGACAGACGGUUGAUGUCGAUCUCGCUGUUGGAGGCAACAUGUUGCAACUCAGGACGGCUCUAGCAGGCGAUCCCCGUGUCAUGCGAGUCUAUGUGCAUGUCGGGGGUCCCUUACACGCCGGUCUUGACGAAGUUCCCGUCUGCGUCGACCUAAUCACCGAAGCUUUCUUGGGUGCUCCCGUGAAUACCCUCGAAGCAUCGGAGGAGGUUGAGGGCGUGACCAAGGAAGGGACUAGGACUUACCGCCUAAUCGAUAUUCAGCAUAUUCUCGCAUCGAAACUUGCCGCAUUUUGUGCACGAGGCGACCUCGACUCGCAUGACUUCCUGGAUCUGAUGUGGCUCCUCAUCAAAAGUCCCUACUCGGUCAAGCUGCGGGAAGGCAGUGUCAAUGUACCGCUCGAUCAGAGACAGGCCUUUCUGGCUGCCGCAUCCAGUAUAAACCCGAAAUUGCCUACGGCGUUCAUACAGCGUAUCAAGCUUCUGCUACGUCUGGCUUAA